AUGGCGGCGUUGUUAUUUGUCUGUGUAUUUUUUGUUGUUUGGGAUAUACACUUGCCGUACCAGUAUGCGUUUGCAAAUUCUGUAGCAUGCCCUUUAGCAUGUUCAUGCUUGGGUGAAAUGGUUGAUUGCAGUAAACAAGGGCUGAUAGAGGUGCCAUCUGAUAUUCCGAGCUGGGUUGAAAUUCUAGAUUUGAGUAAUAAUGAUAUUGAGUUUAUAAAUAAUACAGUUUUUGAAGAUUUACAGCAUUUACAAACAUUAAAAAUUAAUCAUAAUAAAUUAGCAGAGCUUCCAGUAUUUCCACCAAAUUCUUCACUACAAAAUCUUUAUAUGAAUCACAACCGAAUAAUAACCAUUAAACCAGAAGCUAUGCAAAAUUUACCAAAUUUAAAAGUGAUGGACUUAAAUUAUAAUGAAAUAAUGGAUAUCCCUCUAGGCACUUUUCCUACCAAAUCCAAUUUACAUCAAUUAUUUAUGAACAAUAACCGAAUUAUCAGUUUAGAAAAGGGAUGUCUUGAUAAUCUUACUUCAUUAGAAUGGUUGAAAAUGAACAAAAACAAAAUAAUGGAACUAAAUAAAAUGGUUUUCACUAAUUUGACCAAUCUGAAAAUUCUAGAAUUAAUGAGAAAUAAAAUAGAAGUUAUAGAAGGAUUAACAUUUCAAGGACUAACCAACCUUCAAAUUUUAAAAUUAAAAAGAAAUUCUAUAACGAAACUAUUAGAUGGAGCAUUCUAUGGCUUGGACAACAUUCAAAACCUACAAUUGGACCAUAACAAGAUUACCAAUGUUACUCAAGCUUGGCUGUAUGGUUUAGAUUCUUUAAAAAUAUUAACAUUAUCCAAUAAUCGAAUCCAGCCAUUAGAAUCUGUGAGUUGGGAUUUCUGUAAAAGUCUUCAUAAACUAGAUCUGACCCAUAACAAGAUAUCUUAUAUAGCUGAGAAGUCUUUUGCCAAGUUACAUGAUUUACAGAAUUUAUACCUAGAUCAUAACAUGGUAUCUAGAAUUGAUGAUGGGGCUUUUAGAGACUUGACAUCUCUAGAUUUAUUAGAAAUCAACCAUAACUUGUUAUCAUGGACCAUAGAAGAUGUUAGUGGUGUAUUUCUGGGACUAGAGAAUUUAAAUAAACUCAGUUUAAGAACCAAUCAGAUUAAGACUAUUGUGGGAGAGGCAUUUCAAGGUUUAAAGAAACUACGUAUAUUACACAUAGAAGAUAAUGCAAUCACUUCUGUACAAGAGAAUGCCUUCAAGCCAUUGACAGACCUUCAAGAAUUAUAUUUUAACUCAAGUAAUUUAUUGUGUGAUUGUCAACUGUCAUGGUUUCCACAAUGGUUAAGUCAAGCUGGUUUCAGGAAUUCUAUUAGUGCUGUUUGUGCUCAUCCUGCCAAGUUGAAAGGGAAGAACGUGUUCGAAAUACCUUCUGAAGAAUUUCUAUGCAAUGACAAAGAAUUCCCAAAGCCAGUUAUUGUAGAAGAUCCAAAAGGGAAAAUUGCUUUAAAAUCUGAUAACAUUACAUUAUCAUGUGUAGCAACCAUUACUGGUAAUAAAAAACCUCAUUUUACAUGGAAGAAAGAUAAUAAUUUAUUGACCAAUGUUAAUAUAGUUACGACAGCUACUAGUGAUGGUACUGUUAUAACCUAUACUACCAUGUUACAUCUCUUCAAUGUUCAAGAUAAUGCUUCAGGAAAGUACCAAUGUGUAAUUUCCAGUGAAUUUGGUUCAGCUUAUUCUGAACGAGCUGAAAUUAGUGUUCAUGUUUUUCCUGUGUUCAGUAAAACACCAAAAGAUGUAACAGUAAAAGCUGGGCGUUAUGCUAAAUUAGAGUGUUCAGCUAAAGGGCAACCAAAACCAGAAAUAGCCUGGCAGAAAGAUGGUGGAAAUGACUUUCCAGCUGCUAGAGAGAGAAGAAUGAGAGUUAUACCUAAUGAUGAUACUUUCUUUAUUCUCAAUGUUAAAAGUAUUGAUGAGGGUAUAUACAGUUGUACGGCUAAAAAUGUGGCUGGUACCAUUGUGGCUAAUGUCAGUGUAACUGUAUUGGAAACACCAUCAUUUAUACGUAAAAUGGAAGAUAAGAAACACACAAAGGAAGGAGAAACAACAGUGUUAGAAUGUAUGGCAUCAGGUAGUCCUAAACCUAAAUUAACAUGGUUGAAAGACAACAAGGCCCUGGAGGUUUCUGAACGUCACUUUUUCACUGCUGAUAACCAACUCCUGAUUAUUGUGGAAACUAAGAAGUCUGAUGGUGGUCGGUAUACGUGUGAGAUGUCCAAUACCCUUGGCACACAACGUGGUAAUUCUCAGUUGACGGUUACAUCAGAAGGGGAGGUGAAUGAUAGGAAAUUUUCUUUAGAUGAUGAAUCUACCACUACUGGUAUUAUUAUUAUUGCUGUAGUGUGUUGUGUUGUGGGAACAUCAUUAGUUUGGGUGAUUAUUAUAUAUCAAACUAGAAAACGACCAGAGUUAUAUAGUGCUACACCUACAGAUGAAACAACUCUACCUGCUGAAUUACCUAGUUCUGGUUAUGCUUCUUCGGAAAAAGAUGUUUCAUAUACUCCCAUACCCAUACACACAUAUCACAAUUAUCGUGGUAAGUAG